UCUGCUUCACUUCACACAGUCCAAACCGGGGUUCAUGCAGGACUUAACUGGAGACAGCAGGGAUCACGGCAGCACUGAGAUAAUUAAGGACAAAUUGCACCACCAGCACUGAAACCCCCCAACCUGCCUCCAGCUGGAACCUGCAUCUCCUGCCUGUUUAAUCCCCAUGGAGGUUUACAACUUCAACUCCUCCAUCCUCGACAUCCAUACACCAUCAAACAGCAGUGGUGGUGCCAUUACUGUGUACGAGGAGUGUAAGGACAUGCCCGCUGCCCUGAUCUUUUAUCUGGCCUUGCAAUUCAUCAAUAUGUUCCUGGGGAUCCCCGCUAACCUCAUGGUGCUGUGGCUCCUGCACAAGAACAAGGGGGACUCCUCCAGCUCCGACAUUUUCAUCCGCCACCUGGCCAUCCUAGAUAUCUUCUUCUGCCUCCUCCCACCCCUGGAGCUGGCUAAUAAAGUCUUCCUCACCAUCAGCAGCAUCUGGUAUGUACUGCGCUUCUUCUACGGGGUGAAAGACUCUUCUCUGCUCUUCCUCUCCUGCAUCUGCAUGGACCGCUACAUGGCCGUCCUGCACCCAAUCACCUUCACCGAGCUGAAGGACCGUAGCCACCGCGCAGUCUGCGCUGCUGUGGUGUGGCUGAUCACCCUGGCCUACGCGGCGGCUAAGUGCGCAGGCAAUAUCCCACACUUUGAGAAGGCCUUCGUGGUCAUGAUCCUGGCAGCUUUUGCUUUCAUGCUCUUCUGCAACGUGGCCAUCCUGAACGCGCUCCGCAAGUCUGGCCCGGGUCGUGACGAGAUGCACCCCGUCAAGAAGAGGGCCUUCAAGAUGGUGCUCAUCAUCCUGGCCAUCAUAGUCUUCAACUACUUCCCUCCUGUAGCACUCUUUCCCUUUCAGGAGCACUUCUCCCAAAAUGUGUUCCACUGCAACGUCAACUAUGUAGCCUUUGGCUUCAUGGACAUCAGCAGCAGCAUUCAGCCCGUUCUCUACCUCUCCCGUGAGAAGAUUCCUAGAGUCUUUUGUUGCCGCCAUAAAGAUCAAAAGUCAGGAAACUCCACUGAUCCAAGCUAAACUUUUUCAUCAAAAAUCUUGUAUGCAUAUUUACAGUUGUAUGUAUUUUUGUAGGAUAUUCAUUCUCCAAUCAUGGAAUUUAAACAGUUACUUGUAAUGAAGCACUAUUUAAUUUUACAUAAAUGCAAUAUGUAUUCAGUCUAAAUAAAGAGACAUUGACUGGAAC